UGCGUUACCCCUAAAAAGCAUGGGGCAACGAAGUGAUCUUGGGUUUUCUGACUUCAAGUCGCAAAUGCCAUCUUUAGUAGACAUACCAGGGGAAGAAACAAAGAUUCUAGACUUUUGGAAGAGUCAUGAUGCAUUCAAAACGUCCUUGAAACACUCUUCCGGAAAACGUCGGUUCACAUUUUAUGAUGGCCCGCCAUUCGCCACAGGUCUACCACAUUAUGGCCAUCUGUUAGCUGGGACAAUAAAGGAUAUUGUAACACGUUACGCUCAUCAGAGAGGUCAUCAUGUUGAACGAAGGUUUGGAUGGGACUGUCAUGGAUUACCUGUGGAGUACGAAGUUGACAAAGAGCUUGGAAUUACGGGCCCCCAUGAUGUAGAAAAAAUGGGAGUAGCCUGCUACAAUGAUAAAUGUCGAGCAAUUGUCAUGCGUUACAGUUCUCAGUGGGAAAAAGUAACAAACCGCCUUGGUCGGUGGAUUGAUUUUGAAAAUGACUACAGGACUAUGUAUCCGUGGUUUAUGGAGUCUGUUUGGUGGGUCUUUAAACAACUGUAUGAUAAGGGUUUGGUGUACCGUGGUCUAAAAGUAAUGCCGUUCUCAACUGCAUGUUCAACCCCUCUUUCAAACUUUGAGGCAGGACAAAACUACAAAGACGUUCAAGACCCUGCUAUUAUUGUUAGCUUCCCGUUGGAUAAUGAUCCUGAAACUUCAAUGAUAGCUUGGACAACAACCCCUUGGACUCUUGUUAGCAACCUUGCUCUGUGCAUGCACCCUGAUAAAGAAUAUGUUAAGAUUUUGGAUACAUCAAAAAAUCGAAAAUUCAUUAUGAUGAAGGCUCGUCUUACAUCAGUAUAUAAGCAAGAAAAUGAAUACAAAGUAUUAGAUACCUUCAAAGGAAGAUCCAUGGAAGGCCUAACAUAUCAACCACCAUUCAGUUACUUUAUACAUCUUAAAAAGGAACGAGGUGCAUUUCGUAUUUUAUGUGAUACCUAUGUAACAGAAGAUGUUGGUACUGGUGUUGUACACCAAGCUCCUUACUUUGGUGAGGAUGAUUUUCGUGUGUGUCUGAAAAACGGUAUUGUUGGGAAAGAUACACCGAUGAUUUGUCCUGUAAAUCCAAACGGUCGAUUCACUGAUGAAAUUAAAGAUUUUGCUGGGAUGUAUGUAAAAGAUGCGGAUAAGCUUAUUUGUCAGAAUUUGAAAAAAAAAGGCCGUUUAGUACAUCAAAGUACAAUUACUCACAGUUAUCCAUUUUGUUGGAGAUCAGAUACUCCAUUAAUAUACAAAGCUAUUCCUACGUGGUUUAUUCGUGUUGAACAAAUGAUUGAUCGACUGUUGGCUAACAAUGCAAAAUGUCUAUGGGUACCGGAUUUUGUACGUGAAGGUAGAUUUGCUAAUUGGCUACGUGAUGCACGUGAUUGGGCUGUGUCUAGAAAUCGUUUCUGGGGUACACCAAUACCAAUAUGGACAAGUGAUGAUAUGGAAGAAGUGGUUUGUGUUGGUUCUAUUGAAGAAUUGAAACUAUUAUCUGGUAUAGAGGUUACGGAUUUACACAAAGAAUUUGUUGACCCAAUCACUAUUCCAUCGUCAACUGGACGAGGUGUUUUACAUCGUGUUUCUGAAGUAUUUGACUGUUGGUUUGAAUCAGGAUCCAUGCCGUAUGCCCAGAUACAUUAUCCAUUUGAGAAUACAACUGUAUUUCAAGAAGGUUUCCCAGCAGAUUUCAUCGCUGAAGGUAUUGACCAAACACGAGGCUGGUUUUAUACAUUAUUGGUAUUAUCCACUGCAUUAUUCGAUCAACCACCAUUUCGUAAUUUAAUUGUUAAUGGAAUAGUUUUAGCCGCCGAUGGACAGAAGAUGAGUAAGCGUGCCAAAAACUAUCCAGAUCCAGUUGAAGUUAUAGAAAAACACGGUGCAGAUCCACUACGAUUAUAUUUAAUAAAUUCACCGGUAGUUCGAGCACAAAAUCUACGAUUCAGUGAAUCUGGUGUACAUGAAAUUGUAAAAGAUGUAUUUCUGCCAUGGUGUAAUGCAUUACGAUUUUUAAUUGAGUCAUCAAUCUUACCAUAUCAAAAAAUAACUAAUCAAUUAUUCAUUGUGAAAUCAGAUGAAUUCCCUUUGACAAAUAAUUUUAUGGAUCGUUGGAUUUUAUCAUUUACUCAAAGUCUAAUAUUGUUUGUACAUGAAGAACUUUCAGGUUAUCGUUUGUAUACAGUGGUGCCGCGUUUAGUAAAAUUUAUUGAUCACCUUGUUAAUUGGUAUGUACGGAUGAAUCGUAAACGCUUAAAAGGAGAUGUUGUUGAAAAUCAAAAUGAUUGGAAAGCAGCUUUGCAUACACUAUUGAAAGUGAUUUAUCAGAUUACAUGUUUAAUGUCACCUUUCACUCCAUUUAUAACUGAAUUUAUCUAUCAACAUAUCAAGAGUUAUCUUGAUUAUACUGAUAAUUUGAAAGAUCAUAGUUCUCUUCUUCCUGGUUAUUCAUCUGAAACUGGUGCUCCCGAUUCCAUUCACUACAUACAAGCCCCUGAACCAAAAUUAGAAUUGAUCUCAAAUGAAAUAGAAGAUAUUGUCUAUUGGAUGCAAUCUACCGUGGAAUUAGGUCGUAUAAUACGUACUCGUUGUAAUCUUCCGUUGAAAGCACCACUACGUGAAGCUAUUGUUAUUCAUUCAGAUCCGAAUAUUUUGAAAAAUAUCAAAUCUGCACAAACAUAUAUCAUUGAAGAAUUGAACGUUCGUGUUCUCACUACAACUAGUGAUAAACAUCGUUAUGGUGUUCAACUUCGUGGUGUAUUAAAUCAUAAAACAUUAGGUGCACGACUUAAAAAUGAUUAUAAAUCUGUUGUGAACAAGGUGAAAGAUAUGUCAACUGAAGAAUUGGAACAAUUUGUCAAUACUGGUCACAUAGUUGUUUGUGGGCAUAAAUUAUCCGGUGAUGACUUAUCAGUAGUAUAUUCGACUGGUAUUAGUAGUAGCAGUGGGUGUAGUGAUACUCAAUCAUCUACAUCUGGAUUAAAACGUAAAUCUGAAAAAUCAUCAUCCCCCACAUUGGACGGAAAUAGUCAAGUAAACUCAUCCAAAUAUGAAACAGCUUCAGAUGCUAAAGGUCUAUUGGUAAUAUUGGAUAUAACUGCAGAUGUUGAACUGGAAAAUGAACGUUUAGCUAGAGAACUUGUUAAUCGUAUACAACGAACACGUAAAAAGGUGAGUAGUGUGGGUUCAUUGUCGUUCAAUGUAUUUGAUGGUAGUUAUCUGUCUUUCUUGCUGUUUUCUUAUUAUCUCAUAAAUUGUCUUACUGAAUUAAUUGUGCUAUACUCUAUUGUAACCAAGUAUGAUGGUACUAUAUAUUCGACUUUACAUUUUUUUCUUUCUAGUCAGCUGCCGAAACAGAUACGAGCGUCGAGCUUGAUUCAGUCGUAGCAUCUAAGUCAUUUUUUUCUGUUGAAUGAAAGGAAAGCGUGAAUGUCUCACUUUUAAUGUUGUGGGGUAUAAUAUUUCUUGAAAAUUCGUCAAGAAUCAUACCAGAAAUUUGAUUUUUUUAAACUGUCAUUUUGAAUCUUUAAAUUUCCUUGGUAAUAUUAGUUUCAGCUCUCUAAAACUUACACUAUUGAUUUUCAAACAGAGCACUUAAACACUUUUCUAUAUAUACACCUAUUCAUUUAAAACCACAUCUGUAUCGGUCAGAGUUGGAUUAAACAUCCUGGUUUCUGUAUGUCUUCUCAAGUUUUGUGCCUGGGUUACACGUAUUUUGUCGGAGAAUGGUAAAUACUUUUAUUGUGUGUUUUGUGUUUCCGUGUCCUGUUUUCUAAUCAUAUCACAGCGUUAAUAUGUAAUAAGAGACCAGUCUCUGCUAGAGUAGCCCAAUGGUAACACUGACCGUUAUAUUGUUUAAUGUGAAUUACAAAUCUAUGAACUAUACCAGUUUCUCUGUGAUUGGUGGAGAGUGUCACUUCAAGUCGAUAUCUCUAUGUUCCAAGAUCUGAGAUAUUUGUGCCACUUUAACUAGAAGUUACUUUGCAACUUGAUCGUUUGAAUUUAAUCAGCACUGAAGAAAUAUAAUACUGAUUACAUACUAUCCCAGAAAUCAUUUAGUUUGAAGCAUGAAAUUUCACUUCAUUCUCCCGUUCAUCUUCUUUUGUCAGUUAAUCAAGCAAUUGAUUAAAAUAGAAGAAUACAGAUUAGUAUAUAAUAUGUAAAGACACGAAGUGUGUUUGGAUAAGACUACUCAUGAGACCAAAAUAUUCACGUAGGCCUUAAUUGAACUGAUAUCAGAAGGGGACCAUACCACUAACCAGUAGGUUAGGUUUUUGUUAGGGAUGCUGAAGAAUAUACCAAUCAUUAUUAUGUUAAGUCUAAUGAUGUCCUUGGACGUUAAAUGGACAUUUCCUAUUGGCCGUUAUUUAUUUCACACGUUAAAUAUUGUACAGAUGUUGUUUUCUAUUUUUAUGGUACGAUGUGGUCUGUUUGGUUGGUAUAUAAACAGAGUAUGUCUGAAAUAUAACAAUUCAUAUCUCAGAGGCUGUGACUUGCGUUCUGGACUCAACUGGCUAGGCUAAACAGCGAAGCAAGGCCAAUCGGGACUCUAGUAUAAACAAGGGAUUAGGAUUGUUUCUGCUGUGUUUGAAGAGAUCACGAUAUUACCUAAAAUCAACGAACGGAACGAAAGUCUACAAGACAACAACAGAACAAGCUGCACUCCAGCCCUGCUAUAAGUAUAGGGAGAAAACCAGAUUCAACCGGGAGAAUAUAUAUUCAACAAGCAGCCCGGAAGCACGAACAAACAAGCACAUAACUCAUGCGUAUAUAUAUACAAUACAAUAAUGCCUUUGGGCAACGUCAAAAAAUUGCAUACCAAAAGAGGGGACGAAUCAAUGACAUUUCACGUUCUUCUAAGUGGGAAAUACAAACUAAAGUAAAAGUAGGUGCUUUUGGCGUGAAAGUGACAAAUUCGAAUUUCGGAAAUAAAAUUUUAAGCAAUAAGAUGUUCAUCAAGUUAUUUCUGGAGAUCCAAUAUCACUAACAGUCUUUUUGCGUUCAAUACUUCAUUAAAGAAUUGAAUUAUUUCAGUGUUUUUGUGAAGUACCCUUAUUUUCCUUUUUGAUUUUUCCAACUUUUCCAGGCUGAAUUAAUUCCGGAAAAUCCAAUUGUUAUUUUAGCAAUUACUGAUUUAGACUCUUAUUACAAUAUUGCUGGACCACAUGGAAAUUAUUUAAAUUUUAUUCAAUCAACUAUUAAACAACCUUUCACUGUUAUGAAACAAUCAACAAUGAAUAAUAUUAGUCUUAUAGAUAUUAUGCAAUGUGCUAAAUCUAUUCUACCUGAUGGUUGGGAAUUAACUACUGAAGUGAUACGUGAUACAGUUUCAAUUCCACCGGAUAAUAUUGACCUGAUUAUAUUUUCAAGACAGCCAAUACAUGAUUCUUCUGAUCAUCAUAUUAAAAUUAAUAUUAAUAUGAAUUCAGUUGAAAUAAAAAAGCGACCAGUAUUUGUUAACGUUAUAAAUUAUACUAAUCAUGCACAAACUAUUAAAGUACAAUUAUGUGAUUCAAAUAAUCAAUGGUUUGUCCAUAGUGUAGACGAUUUACUACGAAAGGUGAAAUGUGCUUUUGGUUGGUCGACCAAUAUCAAUUUACAAUUGUACACUGCAUUAAAUACUGAUAAUAUAAAUGAUUUAAAACCAUUUGUACAUGUUCCAGCUAAUCAAUUGAUUAAUUUGGACGGAAUCACUUUGUAUGCUUCUGUUUAAUAAGACAUUGUGUUAUGAAUAAUUAUUUAUUUAUAUAUUUCUUUAAUAAAAAUGAAGUGCUUCGGAUAUAAAAACAGAGUUUCGUUCAAAAAGUAGAUCUGUUUUAUUUUGAUCAUUACAGAAUUUGCGAUAUAAUGUAACUACAAAACAUAAAUAUACCUCGUAUUGCCCCCGAUUGCUCUGAUAUGGCCGAGAGUGCAAAGCCCGCUCUCCAUUUCGAAAUGCUCUCACAUGGCCAUGCGUAUACAGCCACUGUUAGGGAAGUCUUACUCACUGCCUUCUCGCGGCGUGGGUGUUGUUUACGAAACUAAGAGAACGAAAAACGAAUGUCCGGCGCUUUGACCCUGUUGUGGGUACGGAGGACUCACCAAGGGGAUUUGGAAAACUCUAAUUCCAAAUCAAUGGUGCACAUCGGCUUCAAGAUCCUGAGGAAAUAAGUGACAUAUGAACCUAUUGUUGGUCAUCGACUACCAUGAGAUUGUGUCUCCUAAAGUUGCUCCACUGGCUUGUGGAUUACAUUUUUAGGUCAGAUGUUCGGGGAGUGGCCCCCUAAGGACACAACUCACUUCGAUUUGAGUGCCCGGACAGUAUUACAGCCCUCACACAAAUCGAAUGGUUUGUGUGGCCCAUACCUACUUAGUGCCUCCUUGUACCAAUGUUUAUGUGUUUAAAUAAAUCAAUGAAUUGACCUCUUUUUGGCGGCUACCAGUUAGCGCAUAUAUUACACAUACCUAUUCAUCACUUACCCCGAAAUACAUUACUAUCCGAUAUGAGGGUUAAUUGAAAGAAGUGGUCAACUUUGUGCAUAAUAUCAAUCCAUGAAGUUAUUGGCAAUUGGAAUGUUCCUUUUGUUAGAAGGCAUAGAGUGGUUAUUUGGCGUCAGCUUAGUCAUAAUAAUACAUGGAUGAAGAUGUUCGGAUGGUAGUCUUGAAGUCAAAAUUACCUCCCAUCUUUUAAAUUACGAGUUAAGUCUCGCUUCAUAAUCUCAUACGUCCAAAAUAAUAUACUUUGUAAGCUGUGUUCUUAGUAAAACACUGAACAAUAAACACACUUCCAGUCUUUUUGCUUUUUAAAAUUCAGAUGAUUUUUAAAUCGUUAUUCUGUUAACACCUAUACACAAGCUUACAAGAUUUAUAUGAAGUCGUUUAUUGUUAUGGAUGCUGAGGAAUAAUGUGCCAAUCAUUAUCAUGUUAAGCCUAAUGAUGUCCUUGGACGUUAAAUGGGCAUUCCCUAUUGGCCGUUAUUUAUUUCAUUCGUUAAAUAUUGUACAGAUGUUGUUUUCUAUUUUUAUGGUACGAUGUGGUCUGUUUGGUUGGUAUAUAAACAGAGUAUGUCUGAAAUAUAACAAUUCAUAUCUCAGAGGCUGUGACUUGCGUUCUGGACUCAACUGGCUGGGCUAGACAGGGAAGCGGCACCAAUCGGGACUCUAGGUCGUUCAUACGUGUUUUCCGUGUGAUUGUAAUCGAUCGAUAAAUAUACGCUGCUUAUCAUAACCUGCAGUCCACCCGUUACAACAUUUAUAAACAUAUUUACUCCUUUGUAAUGCAUCCAAAAAUGGAUUGAAUUUGCAUUGAGGUUUAGUAUGAUCUUUCGUGAAAUUUUUUGAUCAAACUUGGAAAAUUCAUCAACCAUUUCUAUUUUGGUGAAAGAUUUUUUUAUUUAGUCUAAUUAAUGAAUGGUAUUUAGAUUUCACGGUAUUUUAUGACAUUCCAAAAUGUCGAUGGUGUGAUAAAUUAUCUAAGUGUUGGACAUCACUCAUUUUAUUGAAAUCAUGAACUGAUCUAAGUUAAACAAGUGCAAACAUUGAAGCACUAGAUGGCUGUUUCAUCCUCGUAUGUAACUCAGUAUGGUGCAUCUAUGCAGACGAACGAUAUCCACAAGCCUAUAAUGAAAGCUAUAAUGUGCUGACUAGCAUUGAGAGGAAAUUUCCGGAAUUUUAAUGAUAAGUGAAUAGUAGAGUUCAACCGUGGCCUAUGCAUUUAGAGUUAUUACUAAUGAAUUCACUGUCUACA